AUGAAGUCAGACAGAAAGGUGGCCGCAAGACGUCAUUCUCUCAACUCUUUUGAGGCAAUGCUCUCAGUUCUCUUCAUUAUUCUUAUAGUCCUCUGUGCUGGGUUAAUUGCAGUGUCCUGGCUGGCAAUCAAGGAAUCAGAAACAGAUGCAGCCCUUGGAAAAAGUCAUGAAGUCAGAGGGACAUUUAAAAUAACAUCUGGAGUGACAUAUAAUCCUAAUUUACAAGACAGACUCUCAGCGGAUUUCAAAGUUCUUGCUUUUGACCUUCAGCAAAUGAUAGAUCAGAUCUUUGAAUCAAGUAAUCUGAAGAAUGAAUAUAAGAAAUCGAGCAUUUUCCAAUUUGAAAAUGGCAGCGUUAUAGUCCUUUUUGACCUUUUUUUUGCUCAGUGGGUAUCAGAUGAAAAUGUAAAAGAAGAACUGAUUCAAGGCAUUGAAGCAAAUACAUCCAGCCAACUGGUCACUUUCCGUAUUGAUUUGAACAGCAUUGAUAUCACAGCAUCUUUGGGUGACUUCUCCACAGCAUUCCCUGUAACUACUUCAGGCAGUGUCCCAGUAGAGUGCCAGCCUGGUUCACGACCCUGUGCUAACACUUGGAACUGUAUAGCAACUGAUUUAUUUUGUGAUGGAGAAGUGAAUUGUCCAGAUGGUUCAGAUGAAGACACAGAACUGUGUGCCACAGCUUGUGAUGGAAGGUUUUUGUUGACGGAAAAUUCUGGAUCUUUCCAAGCUGAUCAUUACCCAGGGUCAGACAGUUCAGGUGUUGUUUGCCGCUGGAUCAUCAGUGUAAACCAAGGACUUUCCAUUCAGAUCAGCUUUGGAUCUUUUAUUGCACAUUAUACUGAUGUGUUAGAUAUUUAUGAAGGCAUAGGACCCAGCAAAAUUUUAAGAGCCUCUUUUGUGGAAACUGAUCCUGGAACAGUUCGAAUUUUCUCCAACCUAGUUACAGUCGCCUUUCUGGUAGAAUCUGAUGAAAGUGAUUACAUUGGCUUUAAUGCGACCUACGGCACCUUUAACAGCAACGACCUUAGCAAUGAUGCGAAAAUCAACUGUACUUUUGAAGAUGGCUUUUGCUUCUGGGUCCAGGAUCUUGAUGACGAUAACGAGUGGGCAAGAAUUCGGGGGCCACAGUUUCCUCUCUUCACAGGACCAUCUUUUGACCACACAUUUGGAAACGAUUCAGGAUUUUACAUUUCUACACCAACUGAACAAUGCUGGAGAAGAGAAAGAGUGGGGCUUUUAAGCCUCUCUUUAGAGCUCGCUUCGGAGCCUGCCUGCCUUCAUUUCUGGUAUUACAUGUGUUGUGAAAAUGUCUACAACUUAAGCAUCCAAAUCAGCAGUGAUGAAAGCACAGGCAAGACAGUUUUUCAAAGAACAGGAAAUUAUGGGAGGAAUUGGAAUUAUGGCCAAGUUACAUUUAAUGAAACAGGGAAAUUUAAGGUUGUAUUCAAUGCGUUUAGAAACCCAGGUUUUAGUACAAUAGGUCUGGAUGACAUAAACCUAACAAAUGGAAUCUGUAGUGAGAGUCCUUAUCCAGAACCAACUUUGGUUCCUACACCUCCACCAGAACUUCCUACUGACUGCGGAGGACCUUUUGAAUUAUGGGAGCCAAACACAACAUUCAGUUCUCCCAACUUUCCAGAUAUCUACCCUAAUCAAGCUUUCUGUGUAUGGAAUUUAAAUGCACAGAAGGGAAAAAAUAUCCAACUUCAUUUUCAAGAGUUUGAGUUGGAAAGCAUCAAUGAUGUGGUUGAAGUGAGAGAUGGGGGAGAAGUUGACUCCUUACUCUUAGCUGUGUACACAGGGCCUGGCCCUGUGAAGGACGUGUUCUCCACCACCAACAGGAUGACUGUGCUUUUCAUCACAAGCACAAUGACGGCAAGCAGGGGCUUCAAAGCAAAUUUCACUACUGGAUAUUACUUGGGCAUCCCAGAGCCCUGCCAGGAUGAAGAAUUUCAGUGUAAAGAUGGAAAGUGCAUUCCAAUGGGGAACCUCUGUGAUGGACACACACACUGUGCUGAUGGCUCAGAUGAAGAAGACUGUGUGCGGUUUCUCAAUGGCACAAUGAACAACAAUGGUUUGGUACAGUUCAAAAUCCAUAGUGUUUGGCAUGUCACUUGUGCCGAGAACUGGACUGCACAGAUUUCAAAUGAAGUUUGUCAACUCCUGGGACAAGGAAGUGCAAACUCAUCAAUGACAACAUUCUCUGAUGGAGAUGGACCUUUUGUGAGUUUAAACAAAGCCCCUAAUGGCAGCUUGACACUAACACCCAGUCUUCAGUGCUCACAAAAUUUAUUGAUCAUGCUACAUUGUAACCAUAAAUCAUGUGGAGAAAAAAUGGUGGCCUUGAAUGUCAACCCAAAGAUCGUUGGUGGAAGUGAUGCCGAGGCAGGGUCGUGGCCCUGGCUUGUGGCUCUGUAUUACAGAGAAAGUUACAGAGACCAGCUGCUCUGUGGUGCGUCUCUCGUCAGCAGUGAAUGGCUAGUGUCUGCUGCACACUGUGUCUAUGGACGAAAUGUAGAUCCAACCAGGUGGACAGCAGUCUUGGGCCUGCAUAUGCAAUCAAAUCUGACUUCUCCUCAAGUAGAAAGACGGGUAAUCGAUCAAAUUGUCAUCAGUCCUCAUUAUGAUAGGAGAAGAAAGUUCAAUGACAUUGUUAUGAUGCACCUUGAAUUUAAAGUGAAUUACACAGAUUAUAUCCAGCCUAUUUGUUUACCAGAAGAAAAUCAAAUAUUCAGUCCAGGGAGAAUUUGUUCAAUUGCUGGCUGGGGAGCUACUGAAUACGGAGGUUCUACUGUUAAUGUGCAGCAAGAAGCUGAUGUUCCUCUUAUAUCCAAUGAGAAGUGCCAGCAACAGCUGCCAGAAUACAACAUCACUGGAAAUAUGAUAUGUGCAGGAUAUGAAGAAGGAGGCAUUGAUUCUUGUCAGGGUGAUUCGGGAGGACCGUUAAUGUGUCAAGAAAACAACAGGUGGUUUCUUGUUGGUGUGACAUCAUUUGGAGUCAGAUGUGCACUGCCUAAUCGCCCUGGCGUAUAUGUCCGGGUCUCAGAGUUUGUAGAGUGGAUACAGAGUUUUCUACAUUAG